GGCGGAGGCGGAGGCGGCGGCUGGGCGUGCGGGUGCAGGUCGGUGCGGUGCGUUGCGUUGCGGCCGGCACGUUUGGCGACCGCGGCUGGGAGACAGACGCGUGGACGUGUGGCGGCGGCGCUGCUGGAACCUGUCAGCGGCUCGGCUCGGGCUGCGCGGGGCGAGGAGCGGGCUGCGUGCGUGCGGGCUGCGGGCUGCGGGCGGGCGGCGCCCCGCGGGCCAUGCUGCUCACGGUGUACUGUGUGCGGAGGGACCUCUCCGAGGUCACCUUCUCCCUUCAGGUUGACGCCGACUUUGAGCUGCACAACUUCCGCGCGCUCUGCGAGCUCGAGUCCGGCAUCCCCGCGGCGGAGAGCCAGAUCGUCUAUGCGGAGAGGCCUCUCACUGACAACCACAGAUCGCUGGCUUCAUAUGGCUUGAAAGAUGGGGACGUAGUAAUUUUGAGACAGAAGGAGAAUGCAGAACUUCUUCGUCCUUCCAUUCAGUUCCCAAGCCUGCCCCGGAUAGACUUCAGCAGCAUAGCUGUGCCUGGCACCUCAGGCUCCCGAUUGCACCAUCAGCCAGCCCAGCAACCCCGCAUAUCCCCAGCAGACACCGCUUCAUCCCCACAGGGCUUGGACAAUCCAGCAUUACUCCGAGACAUGUUGCUUGCCAAUCCUCACGAGCUUUCUCUGCUCAAGGAGCGAAACCCACCUCUGGCAGAAGCCCUGCUCAGUGGAGACCUUGAGAAAUUUACUAGGGUCCUGGUAGAACAACAACAAGACCGAGCCCGGAGGGAGCAAGAGAGGAUCCGUCUCUUUGCUGCUGACCCUUUUGAUCUGGAAGCUCAGGCCAAGAUAGAAGAAGAUAUAAGGCAACAGAACAUUGAGGAAAACAUGACAAUAGCUAUGGAAGAAGCUCCCGAGAGCUUUGGCCAAGUAGUGAUGCUUUAUAUUAACUGCAAAGUGAAUGGACAUCCUGUGAAAGCCUUUGUGGAUUCAGGAGCCCAGAUGACCAUCAUGAGCCAAGCUUGCGCAGAAAGGUGUAAUAUAAUGAGACUUGUAGAUCGCCGGUGGGCUGGGAUUGCCAAAGGUGUUGGCACGCAGAAGAUUAUUGGCAGAGUACAUCUUGCUCAAGUUCAGAUUGAAGGGGAUUUCCUGCCAUGUUCCUUUUCUAUACUUGAGGAACAGCCCAUGGACAUGCUUCUGGGACUGGACAUGCUCAAGCGACAUCAGUGUUCUAUUGACCUCAAGAAAAAUGUACUAGUGAUUGGCACCACAGGCACACAAACCACCUUCCUUCCAGAGGGAGAGCUCCCCGAAUGUGCAAGGUUAGCAUAUGGUUCAGGGCGAGAUGACAUUCGGCCGGAGGAGAUCGCAGACCAGGAACUAGCAGAAGCGCUUCAAAAGUCCGUCGAGGAUGCAGAGAAAAGUGAUAAAGAAACUACCUCACUGGGAACAUCAUUACCAACCUGCGGUGGAUCUGACAAUGCAGCCCAUUCCUUAGGACUCAGCUCUAAGAUCAGUCACCCCGUAAGUCUUGAUCGCUCUGUCUCUGCUCCUGCUUCCAUCUGCUCCUACAAGCCCAGCUCACGAGAGAUCGUGGAUCUGAAAGCUGACUCCCCGGUAACCUCAGAUGAGAAAAAAUGUCCUCCUUUCCUGGACCCUCCUCCCCAAGCCUCAUCCAACUGCACCAUGGACGACCAGCCCCCAGGCUUUCCGAGGUCAGCUCCUACUCUUUGGAAUUCAUCAAAAGAAAUAAUCAUGGCAGAUGAUCUGAAAUCUCCUGCUACAGAAAGCACCUGUAGCAUCAAAGGGCGUCCUGAUACACAACAGAAAGAGGAUUUGUCUGCUUUAGCCACCCGGGUGCCCUGUACACAAACAUCUCUAGAUAAGAAUGAUUUGUGUUUACCUUACCAGGAUCCCAGUCAGGGAACUGGCCCCCAACAACCCCCACAGCCAGUGGGUGAACAGUCUAAGGCCAAACUACAGCGUGAGCUAAGCACCCCACAACUACCCUGGAGCUCCGAGCUUGGCUCUGAAUUACAGCCCAGCCUUCCUCCCACCCAGCAAAGAUCUGGAGAUUCGCAAACUGAGAAUCGUGGAGCUGAGCGAGCGAUACUGGGCCAUCCACAAGCAGAAGACUCUGCUCCCUCCUCAGCACCAUUUGGCAGCUCAUUUACCGAAACAAUCAUGGAAAUAGAUGUGGCGGAGCAGUCCGUGGUAGCUGUCCACAGCUUGGCAAGCGGUCACAGCGCCGGCACUGAGGAUGCUGAGGGUUCUGAUCUCACUUUUGAUAAUCUUUGGGUGGAAGCUGAGGCUUUAAAGCCUAACUCCUCUUCUGUAAUCAUGAGUACUCCUGUGCCAUCUAGUGAUUUGCAGCCUCCAGAGAGUAAUGUUGAAAUGUCAGAAACAGAGAGUCAGUUGUCAUGUUUAUUAAGGGAAAAUUGCUCUUCAUUAAGUCUAUCUGGUGAUGGGCUGGUCUCCACGGACCCUGCGGCACCUACAGAGGAAUCUGCUUUAUCUGUAACAGCCGCUUUGAAGGAACUUCACCAACUUUUAGUCAUUAGUUGUCAAGAAUCUCCAGGGAAUCUUACAUCUGAAGAAGUAAUCCAUCCCAAACAAACAGCAGCUGAAGACCGAACUGAGAGUCAGGAGAAAUCUGAACAGCCACCCCAGAGUCUGCAUCCCCCCGUGGUCCUGCAGGAGCCAGAGCCUCGAGAUCCCUCCUGCCAGGUGAGAUUGGGACCCGAGAAGGCCGAGAGAUCGACGCGGGUGUCUUCAUGUGCAGGAGGGCACAGUGGGAUUGGUGGAAAUGUGGAUGAAAGCGUGGCAGCUGCCCCCGGGGACGUCCAGAAAUCACAGGAGUCAAAGAGGGGAAGCUUUUCUUUCACAGGAAUGUCUGUGGAAACCGUGGGUCAGUUAAACUCUGUAGGGACAGAAAUUUCACCCAGGCACCUAGCAGGUGAGGAGAGAACCAUCCCUGAGACUUCUCAGCAAACUGAGGCCUUGCCGUCCGAUUUCCUUCCAGUCCUCUCUCAGGAUCCUCAGAACCCAUUGACAGGAAUGCCUGAUACCAGGGAAAGUGCUGUCUGUCUCGAAGCCACAAGGCCUCUUCACAGACUUGAACAGCUGGUCAGUUCUCCGGCAUCAUCCCCCUCGCCUCUCCUGAGUCACCUUUUCCCUACUGCAGAUGUGGACCGGAUUCUUCAGGCGGGAUUUUCUCUGCGAGAAGCUCUUGGGGCUUUGCAACGUGUUGGUGGAGACGUAGAUCUCGCUCUUCUCAUUUUGCUGGCAAAGAAUAUCAUCGUUCCUACAUAACCAUGGAACAGGUGGACUUGACUAGUCCCUAUUCCUUUGAAAAAGAUUGAGAUAUAGAUGUAUAUGUAUACGAUGUACGUAGAAACCUGCAAGCAGAAUGUUGAGCCAGAUUUUUUUUUAAGAUUUUUAUUUUUGGCCAAAGUAAUUUAUGAUCUCUUGUCUAAUGAAGUUGUCUAUCACACUUGUUUAAGAUUUGGGCCUUUUUAAUGUAUUGGCAGUGUGUGCACACGAGCUUUUUAUUCUCAUUAAUGAUGCAUUCUGGAAUAAAACUGAUGGAUUUAUAUAAAGUGUACCAUUUUAGAGGGAAGUUGACUAUUUUGAAAAGCAGAAGCUAUUAGAAAUCCCACCUCCUGUCAGGUUAAAAGCAUCCUGGCUCACUAUCCUGGUGGUUGCCCAUUCCAUAUUUCGAUGAAGGCAAAGUUGAGAGGGUUGUGAAGAAGCAGAAUGUCAAGGUAGAAACUAUAGGGAAAAUUAGAUUUGAUCCAGCACUCUUGGCAUUGUCAUCCAUUGAUACUCUAGGAAAAUGAAGAAAGGGGCCUAGGAUAGCUGUGCUAGAGUCACUGUAAUCCUGGGUGUGGGUCCUGGCAUAUUUAUGGGCAUGAGAGAGUGGGUUCAAAAUAGUCAUUCAUGCAUGAUGAGCUACUGCACAAAUUGCAAAAAAUAACACUUGAUGGAGUGGAGUUUAAUUUUAAAGUGGAACUUGGUGCUACCCAAAUUCUUUUUUUUAAUCAAGGAAAAAACCAAGAGCCCUAAAAUUCUGUCUACAGUGAAUAUGCUGAUCUGUAAACUGUGAGGAGGUGCAGUAGCCGAGACCCCGGGGGUCCCUAAAGGAUGGAUUUGGUAGAAGUUCAAGCGAACCCUAAUUCUAAAGGACUUGCCCUCUGAGCUCAUGCUUUACUCGGAGAUAUUACUAUGUGAUUACGAGCUCUGUGUGAACUGAGUGAGGCACAAAGUGAUGUCCUUGGCACUGAAUUGUCUUGAUCUUUAGAGGACAGAGCUGACCCAAGUGAUGACUCGUAGCUGUGUUCUUCACUAAAAUCCAAGUGUAAGACGGGCAUUUCUGAUUCUCCGAGUGGCUUUGGGAAAUUUGCAUUUUCCAUCUUUUUCCUCCAGAAGGCUCCCAUUUAAAGUUGGCCCUCUUGGUUUUGGAAGCAUGGAGUCAGAGCAAGUGUAGAGUAUGAGAAUACCUUUCUUGUGGCCUUUGUAUUGAAGACCAGCCCCUGGGAUCUUACCGUCCUGUGGGCCCCACUGUGCACUCCCUUUGGGAGCUCUCAUCUUAGUCCUUCUACUCCUGGAAGAGGGAAUUGACUGUUAUAAGAGUUAUGAACAUGACAAAUCAGGAUCUUUGAUUGUAAUUGAAAACAGAGGCCUUGAAUCCAGUUUGCAAAUUCUAAAGUCACAUGGCUCCGUGUGUAUAUUUUUUAAGACCUUCUGCUUCCAUCCAAACCCAAGUCCAUUGAGUAUAGAAGAAUUCAUUUUCUCAGGAGCAUUUUUAAUUAUUAUUUGGGGGUCUUGAGAAAUAUUUGUGUUUCAUUCCUGUACCCCUUCUCCAUUCCUCUUUUUAAGAGGUUUUAGCAGGGAGGUUAUAAAUCACAUUGAGCAGGUGGCAGAAAGAACAGUAGGUUGUCAGGCUGCCAUUGAAUCGUGAUAGAAUAUUUUAGAUUAUAAACCCCUAUACCUAUCCCCACACCAAAGAUUUAAGAUGCAAUAAGGAACUGUUUACAGGCUUUUCAUGAACCCCCUUCUAGACCUGUAAUUGGAAGUAGGUCAUUUAUACUGUAAUUAGUGAAAAGCAACAGUACUUUGGAUGCUCUCUGCUUUAUGAUUAAUGAAUAAAAAUAGUGGUCAUAAGCAAGCUUCAGAGCAGACUUUUGGGAAGGGGAGAGUGAUUAAAGGUGUCAGACCCUUUUUCCAAAAGCUCUUUUAUUUGAAGACAGUUUUCUGUUUUGAGAAUAGCAGAAAUUAACUUCGUCACAAAACCAUUCCUUGGGACAUAAGGGACAUUCUAAAUCUUAAAAAAACACUCAUGAUGAUGGAAGUCAUAAGUGGCUCAUUUAAUUCUGGGGAUCAGGGAAGGGACUUUUCCAAGUCUUUUGUGCCUGAUUUUUAAUAAAGAUCAUAUAUGCCUGCAGUUACACAGGUAUUUAAAGAAUACUCAAUGAAAUUCUAGCCCAGAAGGGCAUCUGCCAAAAUCCUUAAUUUUUGUUUUGUUUUCAACAUAUGAUUAUUCCUAAUAUUUUUGUGCUUUUACCUUUUCUCUUUUUCACUCUUCCAUGUGUGAACAAAAAUAUGUCAAUGUUUUUGUUGUUAAAUUGUGUGUUGUGUUUUAAUUCAGCAGGAGCUAGAAACCUAUCAGAAUUGCUAGACAUUUGGGGAUAUUUUAGCUUAGCAGGGUGACCCUUUUUUCCCCCUUACUAUGUAAUCCGCUAAAAUACAGUGAGCUCUGGAAAGACAGUAACUACAGUGACUUUCAAGCUUAAAAAUAAGUCAAUGUGACUGUUAGAUCAGUGUUCUGAUGGCAGGCAGAGCCCAUGAUGGCCGGCCGUUACCGAUUAUGUUCAGCCUCCAAAGUCCAAAACUUGACUCUGAGAAUUGUGGGCAGAGCUGACUUCCAAGUUCUAUUUACAAUAUUCUGUGGUGAGAAAAGAAGCUGUUUCUGCCUUGUCUCUUUCUGUGUAAGUCGUUAAAAUUUGCAUUUCCUGCUGCUUCCUGGCAGUCUUUGUUAGCUAGGCAGAGGACCACUCUAGAGGCCUGUUUGCUGUUGUACCAAUAUGGAGCACCAGGGGUCAGUCACACCUCCCCCUCUCCCCCUUCUCCCUAGACUUUGUAUUUGAGCUUUUUUUUUAAUAGCUGCCAGUUUAUUAGAAAAGGAAUGGACUAAGAGAUCAAUGAGAGCGGUAAUUCUUCCACCUUGUCCACAAGGUGCUUCUUGAAAGCUGUAUGACUUCAUCUCUAAUAAGUUCAUAUAGCCCUUUGUUUUUUGGAUUUAAGCUUUGGAUUUUGGAUUUAAGCUUACAAGAUGUCAUGUUCACAGAUGUAGCUCUUUAGCCUGGGAGGUUUGUAAAGCUGUUGGAGGAGUUGGUGGCCUUGAUUUCAAGGAGUCUAAAUACCCCAGUGGAGUUUUCCUUCCCUAGCCCCUGUUCUCUACUAUUUGAGCCAUAAAAUGUUCUCUUUUUUAAAAAAUCCAUAUGUACACGUUUAUAUACUUAGACAUGCAUAUAUGAAUAUACAUAUAUAUCUAUUUAAAAUACAUGGGAUUGUCUUUGAUUCCAUAUUAUAUAUAUUAUGUACGAAGUAAUAUAUAAACAGGAUGAGGCAAAAUGUAAUUUAAGCUCCACAUCCUAAUACAAGAGUUGAAACAAAACGUGAGCAGAUUAUUUUAACCGCAGAUGAACUGACUACAUUCUAUCAAUCAGUGAAGUGCCAGCUUUUGCUUCACCACACAUGGAGAAGCAAGCCUUAGGAAGGAAGGCCCAUGUGUCUGGGGUAAGCAAGUUUAUCCCAGGGGAUUGGCCAACAGUUCAGUCUCAUUUUGCUACUCAUAAGCCACCUAGAGGGAGUAUAAACUUAAAUAAUUGAGCUGCUAAGUGGUUUGUACACUUUUGUAGGGCUUAUCUACAGGCAUUUUCGCUGUAGAUGUUUACAUUUCUAUUAGCACUGCUUUUCCUUUUGGCAAUUAUCAUAGGAGACUUGUUUUACUGUAAUACUCCUCGGUUGGCCUGUUCUCUAGUAUCCAUGUUCACCAAGAAGCCCAAUUUCUCCUUUUGAGCAGUUGGGGCGGGAGCCUGAAUCCCACAGGGUAGAGUGAUGACAGUUUUUGCACAAGCUGGAAUUGGAGCAAAAGCAAAUGAAGCAAUUUUAACUGAUAAAAAAGCCAACUUUCUUUUCCCCCUGAGGGUUUAAAAUAUCAGUUGGCUCUCGGCAAACAUUUAGGGUGUAUAUCGAAAUAACGGUGGCAACUUGAUAGGAUUUAUGGUCCAAUUUAUGGAUCUAAAUGGUCAACAGUAAAAAUUGAGAAGGAACUUUGGCUGAUGGCUCAGUGAGUAAAUGAGAGAAAGAAGGAAGUGGUUUGGUUAGGUUUUUGUUUGCUUUUUGUGCCAUGGUUCUACAAAUAACCUAGGUAUUUGCUAGGGAGCAAAAUUUGAGGUAUGCUUUUUUUUUUUUUCCCCUCCCGUAAGGGAAAUUGUCAUUUCUGAGGUACAAACUAAUGCUCAUUUCUAGUUACACUAAAUGCCACCAAGUUGGGGCCCUAACACCCACAUUUCCCAGAAUGUUUCCUUCUAGAAAUUGAAUAUAUGAAAUCAACAUAAUGAGAUAUAGAAGGGACCGAUGGGAAGGUAACCCUAAAUUAUUCAGUCCUUUCUCUUCACAGAAUUGGACUGAACUCCGACCCUCAUAAUUCCGCUAGCUAGACUCAGGGACAACUGCUUUGGCUUGUGGCACAUUUUUAUAUCUUUGAACUUUUUUGGAGAAGUUUAGUAACACCACAGCAUCACAUUUCUACCAAAUUCUCAAGAAUGACCAGACUUAAUAUAGAGUUGGGUAACCGCAAAAUUCCUGUACUAGUAGACGACCAUUGGUCCAGUGGACAACCAGGGUCAUAAUUGGUGCUUAGCUGAGAACAGUUUAGAAGUUAAAAUUGGCAGGUCAUUCUUCAGUGUCUUGAGUUUACAAACGUAGUCAGAGCUUUCCAUUAGUUCAGGACAGCAGCUCAAAAAGGGAUGGACGUGCUUUGAUGAGUAAUUAGCUGUAAUAUUAUUGUAGUGAGCAUCUGAUGAGAUUCACUGAGAAGUUGGCAAACUUUGAAACCUUGAAAGUUACAAUGAUUUUCUGUUAGAAAAGCCUGACUAAAGGCUUGUUUAGCUCAGGGGUUCUCACCUAGCCUGAGAUCAGUGAACUGGUUUUAGGGGAUUUUUAAAAAAUGUAUAUUGUCAUAGUUAUUUCAGUAUUGCUUUUCUUGGCCAUCCUCUAGUUUAUUUUAGGCAUUAAAAAAUAUUGUAAGAAGAUGAUCAUUAGCCCUCACCAGACUUCCAAAGUCUGAUACAAGAAGGCUAAGAACCCUGGUUUAGAUGAAGUACUUCAUUUUACCCAUACCAGGCUGUUGUGGAAUUGAUACAGCAAGGGUUGUUUUUUUGUUUUGUUUUGUUUUAAAGAAAAACCUAAAGUGAAGUUGACCUCAAAAUAUAGAAAAUAAAGCUUUGAAGUCUAGAUCCCUUUUUAAUUUUUUAUUAAAAAAAAAAAAAAAAGGCAAACCAACAGCCAGGGAUGAAAUGCCCUCACCCUUGUAUCAGAUCACUCAUUACAGAAUUAGAAUAUCAUUUUUAGAAGAGGGUAGAGGCUAGCCUUAUAAGCAAGAGGGCCUGGGGUAUACAAGUCAUGUGACAAGUCACUAUAGUCUCUCAGUGCCCAGGGUAGCUUAUAAGACAAGGUCACAGGUGAUUUGGGGAUCUACAACAACUUUUUCCCACCUUAGCAGGGAUAUUUGUCACAAAUGAAAUCACAAGUGUGGCCGUCCCUUUCCCUCCCCCCAAAUAAUCUCUUUACAUAAUAUACUUUUCAAAGCUUUGUUGCAUGAACUAUGAUUUUUAUCAUGAGAUGCAGGGUGGGGGUGGGAGAACAGUUAAGGGGAGAUAAGGGUAAUCAGGUUUUUUCCUUAUAUAAACCUCUCUACCAGCAGAGAAGUGAUUGUUUACAAAACUUUAUAAUUUUCAAUGACUGUCUUGGGCAGAAAAAGGUACACUUACAUUGAAUUUUCCUUACUUUCAGGUUAUUGUUUUUCAAAGUUACUAAUUAGUUUGUCUGAAUCUUUCAUGAAUUAAGACUCCAUUCUCCAAGAUCAUUGGAACCAUCAUCUGACCUUUAGAAGCACUUCCUUUGAAAUGUAAUUCCCAUUCUAUGUUCCCAAGGCUUUUUGUUUUUCAAGUGGCUCUGGUAAUUCUUGUGUUCAAAAUAGUUCAAGAGCAAACAGUGGUUAGUCUUGCCUUUCACUACAACUUUAUGUAAACGUUUGUUUGCAUGUUUUUAGUAUUUUCCACUUCUGUGGGCAGGUUGGGCUAGGAGCAGAUAACCUUGAGGAGAGAUUGCCAUGUUGGACAUCUCUAAUCCUUUUCUCUUCCCCUUUCACAAUUGCCCUUGAAUUUUCCACUUGAGCAUGGAUAGCAAAAGUGAUUAUGCACUUUUUUUUUGAAUCAUUGAAACAGCAUCAGUAUUUUACAAGAACUGGGCUUAUCUGCAAUCUACCCAUGCUUGCCAAUAGCUCAACUCUUCAUCCCAUAAUGGUUUUGAGAAGUCAGAAAAAUUCUCCUGGACAACUUACAGGAAACAAGCUCAGGAACCCUAGAGUCGAUCACUUUGUGCCAUUGACCUUCGGGGCUGGCUGAUCAUGUGCUUUGUCUGUAGCUGAAUUUGGGCUUUGAGUUUGUUUUGUCAAAUACUGAAAUACUUGUCAGCCUGGAGUAGGGAGAACACUUGAUUCUUUUUAAAAAGGAAAAAAAAAAUGAGGACUUUGAGGAAAAUAAAGUUGAUGUGUAAAAAAUUUGAUAUUUAAAGACAAUAAAAUCUUUUAUCAUGAUACUAUUGUUUGCUUAGUUUAUUUUAAACUGAAGUAUAAUUUGUUUAACUCCUUUGCCUUUUUAAGUAGCUGCUCUCUUUGUAUGUGGAGAUUCCAUGUCAUAUAGUCUUUUGAGUUCUGAGAGAAAUGGUAUAGCAUGGGGGAAUGUAAAAAAAAAAUAAAUACAUAUAUUGUAAAAGGAUUGCUGUUAAGUGACAGUGCCUGCACAAUUAGGUGCUUAAUAAAUGUUUAUUGAUUGAUGAAA